CGAGUGUCAUCGUGCAUCGACGCCUGCGAGGGGGUUAUAAGCCAGGAUGUGACAGGGGCAUGAACGAUUUAUUCUCUUUCUUAUCAUCAUGAGUAUCUAUGAACUUGCUCCCAAACCGCCCACCAAGCUCGGCAUUUAUCGUGCCCUGGCCCCCUCUGCGGGCGUGCACGUUUCCCCACUCGCAUUGGGAGCUAUGUCCAUUGGGGACAAAUGGCACCAAUACGGAAUGGGUGCAAUGGACAAGGACUCCUCAGUGAAGCUGCUUAACGCCUAUUUCGAUGCAGGCGGGAAUUUCAUUGAUACUGCGAACAAUUACCAAGACGAAAGCUCAGAGGAGAUCAUCGGCGAGUGGGCUGAAACGCGUGGUAUUCGUGACCAACUUGUCAUUGCUACAAAGUACACUACGAACUUCAAACGAGGCUCCGAUGAAGCACAGAAGGUCAACUAUACUGGAAACAAUGUCAAAUCGAUGCGUAUCAGUGUGGAGGCGAGCCUGAAGAAACUCCGAACAUCCUACAUCGACAUCUUUUAUCUCCACUGGUGGGAUUUCGAUACCAGUAUCGAGGAGGUCAUGAAUGGACUGCACAUCCUUAUUCAGCAGGGCAAAGUUCUCUACCUGGGUAUCUCUGACACACCUGCCUGGAUUGUGUCCAAGGCGAACCAAUAUGCUCGGGAUUACGGGAAAACUCCCUUCGUGAUCUAUCAAGGCAUGUGGAACGUCUUGGAGCGCUCAUUCGAGCGCGACAUAAUUCCCAUGGCCCGCGCCGAAGGCAUGGCGCUCGCACCCUGGAACGUUCUCGCCAGCGGUAAAUUCCGUACAGAUGAAGAGGAGCAGAGGCGCCGUGAGACGGGAGAGAAGGGAAGGGAUUUCAUGGCCCAAUCUUGGGAACGUAGCGAAAAUGAAAAGAAGGUGUCUCAGGCGCUAGAAAAGGUAGCCAAGGAGGUCGGGGCCACUCACAUCACCGCUGUGGCCAUCGCAUACCUUAUGCAGAAAACGCCGUACGUUUUCCCCCUCGUUGGGGGGCGCAAAGUCGAGCAACUAUAUGGGAAUAUCGAGGCGCUUGACAUAUCUUUGUCCCCCGAACAGAUCAGGUAUUUGGAAAGCAUUAUCCCGUUUGAUCCAGGUUUCCCGACCACCAUGAUUGGCGAUGGGUCAUCUCCUACCAUGCUUCUCUCUCACACCGCUCAUUUCGAGAAGGUCCCGCGCGUCGAACCGAUUAGACCGUCAAAGGACUAAGCAUUAAUUCCUAAACACAGCAGUUCCAAUUUUGUUACAAUUGUAUUUCAUAUCAGUGAAAUUUUGUUGAUUGGC